ACCCCGCCACCUCCGCCCCCACCUCCGCUCCCGAACCUGAAAUUGAAGCAGUCCCCAUCCCCGAUCGCCUCCCGCCCUCCCCGAACAAGGGAGCGGCCAAGGCCAGGGAGGAGGGGGGAUCCGAGCCUAAGUCCGCCAUGGCCGAUCCCAAGCCCCGGCUGGGCCUCCUCAAGCAGCGCUCCUGGUCGCCGGACACCGAGCGCAACGAGGCGUGGCUUCGGCGGAAGGGCCUUCAACGCGGCCGGCGGGGCCGCCCGGGCCGGAGCGUCACCGUCGAGGACCUCGACGAGCUCCGCGGAUGCAUCGAUCUCGGCUUCGGCUUCGAUAUGGUCGACUCUCUCAGCGGCGGCCGGAGGCUCUCCGAGACCUUCCCCGCCCUCGAUCUCUACUACGCUGUGCACCGAAGCCACUGCGAUCCCGUCGACGGAUCCUCUCCGUCCAAUUCCUCCUCCUCCGCUGAUGGAUUGCCGAUGGAUCAUAGCCCCCACUCCAUCCUCUCCCCAGGGGAUAGCCCGGAGGUGGUGAAGGCGAGAUUGAAGCAGUGGGCCCAGCUUGUUGCUUGCUCUGUGCGUCGACGCUACUGAAUCGUGCAGUCAUGCAUGCAUCCUUGGUGACAAGAAACAGAAAGAAAGGACGCGAUGCUUCUUUUUUUUUUUCUUUUCUGGCUUCUUUAUAAAUAUAUGCAUAUGUAAAAGAUUCCUGACCAACCAACGGACUUCGGUUUCCGUUUCUCUUUUUUUAUUCUCCUUUAUCUUUUUGUUGGCAUGAUGUCCGUGUGGUAAUGCAUAACAAAAAAGUCUAA